AUGGACGAGGACGAGACAGCCACUGCUUAUCCACCUGCAACAGCGCCGCCCACUACGAACCCGCCACCAAUGACCACGGCAGCGCCGAACCCUCCGACGGCAUAUAUGCCGAACGCCACGCCCACAAAUGGUCAUGGGCCACCGGCACACGUGCAUCCCCCAGCAGGGCAGGGGUACCCAGCCCCACCGCCGCCUGUCGCGUACCUGCCACCAAUGCCCGGGGCAGCGCAGAACCCUCAGGCGGCAUAUCUGCUGUACGCCAUACCCCCUUACGGUUAUGGGCGGCCGGCACACUUGCAUCCCCUGGCAGGACAUGGGUACCCAGCCCGACCACCGCCUGCCGCGUACCAGCCACCAAUGACGGGGGCAGCGCCAAACCCUCAGAUGGCAUAUCCGCCCAACGCCAUGUAUACAUAUGGUUAUGGGCCGCCGUCACAAGUGCAUGCCCUGGCAGGACACAGGUACCCAGCCCCACCGCCGCCUGCUGCAUACCCGCCACCAAUGCCCUGGCCAGCGCAGUACACUCAGCCCGCCCUGCCCACAUAUGGCUAUGGGCCGCCGGCACGCAUGCACACCCCGGCAGGACACGGAUAUGCAGCCCCAUGGCCGCUUGCCGGCGGGGACUUCCUGCAGAGGGUGAUGACCGGGGCCGCUGUGGAGGCGUUGUUGAAUAUCUUGGGAUCACCCGGAACCGGUGACGGGCUUUUUCCCGAUUCCUGGUUUUGA